AUGCCCCGUUCGGCGACGACUGACCACGACUUUCCGAAUGACGAUGACACCCAUUUUGCGGGCGGGGCUUAUGAACACGGCGAAAUAAGCGACGAGGAGUUGAUGGAGGGCAUCGGAGAAGGUGACGAUGAGAUGCUUGGAGAUGCCGUAACCGAAGACCCUGGGGACGAGAUGAGCGAUGGCAAUGACGAGGAUCUCCAUUCUGGGGACGAAAUGGACGAUGAUCCCUUUAGUCCUACAGAAUUGGGUUUGAAGGAGAUCAACAAUCUUGCCCACUUCGGCGUCAGCAGCCAUCGCCCCGGAAACGGUGUCGCCGAAUUGCUGAGCGAUGACCUUGAUAAGUACUGGCAGUCCGAUGGUCAGCAGCCGCACCUACUCACCAUUCACUUUUUACGCCGUGUUGAGAUUCGGGCAAUUCGUUUUUACGUCGACUAUAACCAGGACGAGUCCUACACACCGACUCACAUUGUCUUCUACGCCGGGACUGGCCACCAUGAUUUGAUCCAGUUCGCAGAAACCCCGCUUACCAACCCCGCAGGGUGGCAGGAUGUUCCUAUUGCAGACAGCGGCGGAGGUGCGGACGGCCAUUCACUGUGCUGCUGGAUGGUGCAAAUGCACAUUAAAGAAAACCAUCAGAACGGGAAAGAUACUCACAUUCGCGGCAUCAAGGUCUAUGCCCUGGACGAUCACUCGCUGGGCAGCACCGCUCGCGAGCCGACACGCGGCUCGAGAGUCGGUGUGGAAGACGACCACGCCCGCGGACGGACAACACAAGGGCUAGACGACCAGUCUCUACAAGAGCUUUUGGACGCAUUUGAACGGCACCCAAUAACCCCAUCCAACUUUGACACCGUGCGCGAGCCGACUAUCCGUUGA